AUGAACGAGAAGGGCAUUGCCCCAGGCCUUCUGCCUUCUGAGUUUGAGGUGACCAUUGUUCCAAAUUUGCAUCAACUAGCUGAGCUUGGUCUUCAGGAUAACCAGCUCCGAACAAAGUUGCUGCUUAUGAGGGAUCUACUUAUUAUGGAUUGCAUUCUUUCAUUCUUCACUGACGGUGUGGGGUUACUUAUCACGUCUCCUCAGACCUAUAUGGAGGUCAGAGGUCCUUGGCCGGUUGGCAGAAUUGCCCCUGAAGAAGAUCCAGCUACCACUAAAACCUCGGCUGAAUCAAAAGCUGCAGACUCAACUGGACUUGUAUGA